AUGUAUUUUAACUGUUUCGUACAAGCCCCCAUGGCUGAGGACGAGGUGGAUGAAGAAGAGACGGAGGAAGAAGCAGAAGAGGAGAACAGUGAAGAAGACAAUGUUGGGUUUUUUCACUACGAUGGGAAAGAAGCAGAGUUGAACAACAAUGAGAUCCCACAUAAAGGUGCUUACGGCUUUCCCAGAGAUGGCAGAAGUCGUCCUCAAGUUUCCAGUUGUGCUAAAGUGGGGCAAGCAAGUGAUGCACUUAGUAACUAUAGAAGGAAUCAGGACAUCCCCAAACACCUAAGGGAUGUCCCUCAAGGGUCAAGUUGUCCUCCCAGGGAUCCAAUGGAAAGGGUACGGGAAGAGUGUGCCAGUGACUGUCCAAAAGAUUGUGAUGUCCCUGUGGUCAGAGAAGGUAGAGGAGACCCUAGAAAAAGUUUCAGAUAUAGAGGACAUCAGUCGAAGAGAGUACACAAAAGAGACAUCACUUACGAGGAUGGUAGUGGGGUCAGCAAUAAAGCUAAGUUUGCAGAUCCAGAGGACAGAGGCGUUUGGAAAAAAAGAAAUUUGCUAAAAUACUCUAGAGAGGACGACAGGGACAGAGAUGGGAAACAUUCACACAAGCAAAGUAAAAGUCCUGGAGACAGCAAAAACACAGGACAGGACCAUCCUGUUUGUAGUCAUAAAACAAAGGGUGGAAUAGAAAGAAAGAGCAUUGGGGAUGUUGAGGAAGAGCAGAUUGAGAACAGAUUUAAGACCAAACUCAGAAUUUCUCCAAACAACUCAGGGAGGGACAAAGGUGCAUCUAAACAGACAAAUAAUGGGAAAGAGGCUCCUGAUAGUUCCAGGGCCUCUUCAACAUCAUCAGACAGGAGAAGCAGCCAAUCCAGAGCCCAUGUUAAUACACCUGUACAGUCCCCAGUUAAACGGCUACAUGAAGACUUGGCCAAACCUGAUGAAAAGGAGAAGACAAGGCCUAAUCAGGAACAGGUUUCUCAGAGUAGUCCAGAGGAAAGUUGUACAGGGCCACCAUCUGGACAAAAGAGACCGCAGGCCCAGAGAAAUCCCUCUUUCCCAAGCUUUGUGGAUAUCCCUGGUCCAUGUGAGCCAGAAGAUCUCAUCAAUGGAAUAAUCUUUGCCGCAAACUACCUCGGCUCUACCCAGCUGCUCUCUGACAGAAACCCGUCCAAAAGCGUGCGCAUGAAGCAAGCUCAGGAAGCUGUGGACUGUGUUAAGUCUGUAGAGGGUGAAGCUCAGAGCUUGACAGAGAUUGACUUGUUCAUCUCAACCAAGGCCAUCAAGGUGCUCAAUGCUGACACACAGGAGACGAUGAUGGACAACGCCCUCCGCACCAUCUCCUACAUCGCAGACAUCGGUGACGUGGUGGUCCUGAUGGCUCGCAGGCGUCUGUCUAACUCCUCCUCGCUCGACUGCACAGAUUCAGGCCUCAGCACAGAAAGUCGGAAGCAGUACCGCAUGAUGUGCUACGUCUUUGAGUCAGAGGAUGCCCAGCUCAUCGCACAGUCCAUCGGUCAGGCGUUCAGCAUGGCCUACCAAGAGUUCCUCCGAGCCAAUGGGAUCAAUCCCAAGGACCUCAGCCAGAAAGACUACAGUGAUAUCCUGAACACACAGGAGAUGUAUAAUGACGACCUCAUCCAUUUCUCCAAUUCCGAAAACUGUAAAGAGCUUCAGCUAGAGAAGCAGAAGGGCGAGAUGCUGGGUGUGGUGAUCGUGGAGUCGGGCUGGGGCUCCAUCCUGCCCACCGUCAUCUUGGCCUGCAUGCUGAACAACGGCCCUGCCGCCCGCUCCGGCAAACUCAAUGUGGGCGAUCAGAUCAUGGCCGUCAACGACACCAGUCUGGUGGGCCUGCCGCUCGCCACCUGU